AUGGCAGGCGAUACGAGCACUUCUUGGAAAACAACUGUUAUUAUCAGCUCUUCACCUCAGUGUGAUGAACCCUCACAGAUUUUAUUAGCACAGCAGCACAAAAUUCGCCGCUCGGACAGCAUCCUACCCUCUAGUUUUGUUUUCCCACUCUCAGGCACAGCAUUCUUGCUUGUUACGCCGGAGGAGUUUCCAGCAAAGCAUGAGAAUGCUGAACUUUUUGAGAGAAUUGAGAAGUUUAUGCAGGUCCACAGAAACAGUUUUCUUCUGCUUAAAGCCCCAGUCUAUGGAAAAAGGGAGUGGGAGAUUUUAUCAUCAGUGCAGAACAGAUUUCUUGGCUGCAACCUCAAAGUCUUACCCGUGCAUAGUACUCCUAAUGCAGUAGAUGGAAUGCUGCUCAUCGCUAAAGCCACAAGUAAACCCCAUGUUGAGAAAAUGAGAGAUCGGAUGUCUUUGGCUUGUGCUCACAUUAUUGAUCGUAGCCCAGUUUGGGGGAUGCUUCAAGAGAUGCGGCUCUAA